AUGCAAUCUAUUACAAAAGGUUUACUAUAAUUACCAGCAAAGUUUCCAAAUAAGAAAAUACUUAGUAUUGACAUUGGGGGAAACCUUGCAAAGACAGCGUUUUACAUCCCUAAGUCAGAUCCCUAGUUCUAAGACCACAAGAGUUUCGAGAUUUUAACAAAAGAUACUAUACCAAAGUUAUCAAACGGAGAGAUGAUCUAUCUCAAGAGUUUCCCCUCAACAAAGAUACAUGAGUUCAUUAAAUUUGCGAAAUAGCAUAAAUUAAUUGAUAAAGAUUCCUAGCAUAUUCAUGCAACAGGGGGAGGUGCUUAUAAAUAUAAUGAUCUAUUCGAAGAAGAAUUCGGAUAAAUGGGAGUUCAAUUGAAAAAGCACGAUGAAAUGGAGUCCUUAGUUAAUGGAAUGAGCUUUAUUUUGAAUUAUGGUAAAGAGCCUGCCUUUAAAUAUAUCUAAGGAGAAGGCAAAAAAUAUCUCCCAAGAGAAAGUACAACUCAGUUUCCAAAACUUUUAAUAUCAAUUGGAUCGGGUGUAUCAAUAAUAAAAGUCAACAAUUUCAAUUCGUUUGAAAGAGUCUCAGGUACUAUGAUAGGAGGAGGUACUCUCCUUGGCUUGGCAAAUCUAUUGACAGGAAUCAAUGAUUUUGAUACAAUUUUGGAAAUGUCUAAAAGAGGAGACAAUAAUAAUGUCGAUAUGCUAGUUAGAGAUAUUUAUGGAGAUAAAUCACCAUUUAAGGAUCUGAAAGGAGAUUUACUUGCUAGUAGCUUUGCUAAGGUAGCAUUUGACAAUGAAUUCGAUGGAAAUCUGAGAUUUGAUGAUAUUUCUGGCAAAUAUAAAAAGGAGGACAUUUUAAAUAGUUUAGUCUUUAUGAUCUCUUUCAACAUAGGACAGUUAGCAUACAUGACAGGACAAUUGCAUCAAGUUGAUCAAAUGUACUUCAUAGGUAAUUAUGUCAGAGGCCACGACUUAGCAAUGGAAAGGAUUAACUUUGCAGUAGAAUUCAUGUCAUAACAGAAGACUUAGGCUCAAUUUUUAACCUAUGACGGGUAUCUUGGAGCGAUUGGUGCAUUUAUGAAGGAGUUUGAAAAUGAUACUAACUGA